ACAGUUCAUGGAAUCGGCGGGUUCAUCAGUUCGCGCUCAAUCAUGUCUGGAGUAGUAGUGCGGCCAUGACUGGCUGUCCUGCGUCGAUGACAGAUGGGGCAGCGAAGUUGCUGGCGGGGCAUUUGGAUGAUCCAGACGGUGACCAACCCGAGCGCAGCGGGGUGCUCCGCGAGGCUUACCGGCGGCUGGUAUCGCGAGACCCUAACGAGGCCUGGACUACUGGGCAGUGGAUGACCGAGCGAACCGGCGGGAGCGAUGUACGAGAGACAGAAACAGUUGCGCGACGGUUGACUGCGGAGGAAGUGUCCCAAGACGUGGAGACUGGACGAGACCUUGACACUCACGGUAUGCCGUUGGGACCAUGGCGUAUCGAUGGUUUCAAAUGGUUCAGCAGUGCAACAGACUCGGACAUGACUCUAAUGCUAGCCCAAACGGACGAGGGGCUUAGUCUGUUCUAUACUCCUACACGACGACGCUCCAGUAAGCAGAAAGACGCUGGAGAGCUAAAUGGGAUUCGAAUUCAGCGCCUUAAGGAUAAACUCGGUACCAAGUCUCUGCCCACAGCUGAGCUGGAACUGAAGGGCGUCCGGGGCUGGCUAAUAGGCCAAAAAGGAAAAGGUGUGAAAGAAAUUGCCACAGUUCUUAAUAUCACUCGACUGUAUACCGCAGGCGGAUCUGCUGCAGGUUGGGGUCGCGGUCUCGCAGUCUGCCGGGCGUAUACUCGGGUCCGCAAAGUGCGAGGAGCCCUCCUUCAAGAAAAUAGGCAGCACGUUCGAUGGAUGGCAAGCGAAACCAUGAAGUAUUGGGCGGCAAUGCAUCUCACAUUUUUUGGUAUUGCAUUGCAAGGCACCGUGGAGCAGGACUGGGAAUCGAUGGUUCGCAACACAAAGGCCACCAACCUAAUCCCACGGGAUAGCACGAAGGCGGCAACCCUUCUUCGACUUGUCACCCCAGUUAUGAAAUCUGUGGUCAGUGUCAAUGCAGUACACGGACUACGUUCCUGUAUGGAGUGCCUUGGUGGGGUUGGCUAUUGUGAAAACAACGAAGAUGGCGGCUUGCUGAACAUUGCGAAGAUAUUCCGUGAUACCGCUGUCAAUCCCAUCUGGGAAGGAACGGUCAGUGUGAUGGCGGAGGAUAUGGUUCGGGUCGUCACUGAUAAACGUCUUGGAGGGGGAAAGGUAGUGGACACAGUUUUUGCGGAUUGGGUGAAGGACAUCCUCGCUACCUGCCAGUUCAAGUUCGGGGAGGAGUGCGUUGUUGUGCAGCAGAGGCUUGAUGCUUUGCGGGCAAUAACAAGUAGACUCGGCAAGGAGGAACUCCUGUGGCGUGGAAGGGAACUUCUUGAGCAUGUGGCCGUUAUUGUGUGCUCCUGUCUGCUCAUGUAUGAUGCAUCUUCUGAUGGCGAUGGCAUUGCGAUAGAGGUUGCCUCCAGGUGGACGCGUUCCAAAGCUCUUCAGGGUACCCGAAUCUCUGCCAAAGGCACAGAUUGGCAUCGUGAAUCUGCCAUUGACAAGAGAAUAUUUCUAGGAGAGGCCACGCUUCUGUCUAAGAUCUGAGAAGCGGUGGCUGCUAGCCUCGUUAGCAAUUAUUACCUCCAACUUCAGG